AUGACUAGGAAAAUUUUCGUUGGAUUCGGCGUAGAUGUUGACGCUGUGGCUGGCUGGCUUGGGUCCUAUGGAGGAGAAGAUUCGCCAUUGGACAUCUCUCGGGGAAUGUACGCGGGAGAAGUUGGAGUGCCUCGCCUUCUAAAGUUGUUUGAUAAGUAUAAGAUCAAAACAACCUGGUUCAUUCCUGGUCAUAGCUUGGAGACAUUUCCGAAGCAGAUGGAGGCAGUUCGAGAUGCCGGUCAUGAAAUAGGUCUUCAUGGAUACUCCCAUGAGAACCCUGUUACUAUGACUCUGGAACAACAGCGAGACAUUUUGGACCACACCUUCAAGCUUCUUACGGAUUUCAAUCAUGGUGUUCCUCCGAAGGGCAGCGUCGCCCCUUGGUGGGAAACCAGUAAGGAGGGAACGGCGCUGUUACUGGAAAAGGGCAUUGAAUAUGGUCACUAUAUCGCUACUCAUUUCAAGCAAGACUUACAUUCUUUCAGUUCGCAAAUGUAUUAUCUUCGUGACGAAGAUACAUGGACAAAUAUUGAUUAUCAGGCGAAAGCUCACACGUGGAUGAAGCCGCUGCAAAGGGGCAAAGAAACUGGGGUCGUUGAGAUUCCGGCUAACUGGUACCUUGACGAUCUUCCCCCCAUGAUGUUCAUCAAAUCAAGCUCAAACUCUCAUGGCUGGGUCAGCGCCCAAGCUGUCGAGCAGCUUUGGAAAGAUACAUUCACUUACCUCUAUAGAGAAGAGAAAGAUUUUGUAUUUCCCAUUAGCAUCCACCCGGACGUUAGCGGUCGUCCACACGUACUUCUGAUGCUGGAGAGUUUUAUUGAAUGGAUCAAUACUCACGAUGACGUCCAGUGGCUAACCUUCUAUGAAAUGGCUCAAGAUUUCAGAGCCACAAAUGACCCAGCACCAGGUGCCAUCAUGCCCAAAGGCUUCGAGAAGGCCUAAGCUUGUCUUUACAAUGCAAUGUGUUUCAUACGGCAUGUUUGUGUUGAGACUUCUUUAGGCGCUGUUGAAUGUUUACCUACUCAUUUGUAUCAGUA